AGUUCUAAAUAUUACAUGUAUUGAGAAAGGUUCACGUGCACUCUUUGUCAGAACAAUUUUGCUGUCUUUUUAUUCUUAACCAUUGAUAAAAAGUGAGAUAAAAAAAUUGUUCAUUGAUAAAGAGUUGAUAUACACAUAUUGUAAUAAUGUCAAACGUUAGUUUAGAUCGCUUUCAUCUGCGAUCAUCUCUUUGAAAUCGUGUCGGCGUGACUCGAUGGCCGUGUCUCACAAUAAUUAGUAUUUGUUAUUGUCGAAAAACUAAAGCAAGGCGUGGGGUCGGUGGUUGUCGGUACGCCCCUCGAAUCUAUUAGUGUUCAACUGUAUAACCUGGUACCAAUAUUAUCGCCCACGUGAAAAUCUGUUUGGAGAAAUCAGUUGCUACUGCGAAAAAAAGGAUGGCGGGUUAAGGGUGCCGAAAAUUCCGACCCAACCCAACCCAGUCGAACUAAACGCAACUCCGAAUCGGAUAUACGAAUACGAAAUACAAUUCUAUCAAAUAGAAUUUAGAAUCACCGAAUAAACAGAUUAAAUCAUGACUGAAAUCAAGCCACAAGACCUCCAAGAUCUUCUCGGCCAUUUUGCCAAAAAUACGUAUCGCGCCAAGGACGCUGACAGCACGAGUCAGGGUAUAAUGCAGCGGUGUCUGUUGCUUUCUGAUGUAGACUACAGUCACUCUGUUAUAAGCAAUAAUGGAGGAGAAUUAAGUGCCCAUUAUCCAAGUCACCUCAUAGUUUUUGAAUAUGAAAAAACAAGAGGUCCAACCUCAGAGACACCACCUCCUCCGAGGACUACCGAUACUAUAUACGAAAGUAUCUAUGAUGUUAAUAAGCUCAGAGAUCUGAUGAAGAAUGCAAGGUUUGCCAGAUGUAGAGCAAGGUUUCCCUUGCCUGUUAUACUCUAUAAGGGUAAACACAUCUGUCGAUCCGCCACACUCUCAGGAGGACCAGAAAUAUAUGGGAGAUCGGGCCUCGACUACUUCUUCUCUGGUAACGAUGGAGGAGCCAUCGGUCUACCACCAGAUGACGAAGUAGACGAAGCUACAGGUGGAGAAUUUGUCUCUGGGGAUUGGCAGCUGUUCGAUAGAGUUAGAAACCAAGAUAUCAAGCUGCUCAAGACUCUCAACGUUGGAACAAUUGUGGAUUUCAUGGUUGAAAAGAAGAAAGUAAAAUUCGGAAUGAAUGUCACAUCUUCAGAAAAGGUCGACAAAGAGAAGAGGUACUCUGACUUUACUAUAAUCUCACUGCCAUAUCCUGGGUGUGAAUUCUUUAGAGAAUACCGAGACAAUGAUUACAUUGCCAAAGGUUUGGUAUUCGACUGGAGCCAAGCACAUGUCGAUGCCACAAUCGGAGUCCCAGAAGACCUGGUUUCAACACAACUCAGGGUCAACUGGGAUCAGUACAAAAUAUGGGACCUAGUCAAGCUCACUCAGAACUAUAUGAAGCUAGUUUUACGAUAUCUUACAGACAGUGGAAAUGGUUUACUCAUCCACUGUAUUUCUGGUUGGGACCGUACUCCGUUAUUCGUUUCUUUGUUAAGACUAAGUUUAUGGGCAGACGGUGUUAUUCAUCAGUCUUUAAACGCACACCAAAUACUCUACUUCACAAUAGCAUACGAUUGGAUGUUAUUUGGUCACAACUUGGAAGACAGACUGAGUAAAGGUGAAGAAAUAUUUUUCUUCUGCUUUUACUUUUUGAAGCAUAUAGUCGAUGACGAAUACAGUGUCCUCAGUCCGAGGUGUUCGAGAACUAGGCACCCCGUUUUGCGUAAUGACAGUGAUUCGCAACUUGACAACGUUAUGUUUGACAGUGAAUCAGUCGUUACGCUAAGCUCUGUCAGUUCAAACUUAAGUCUGAACAGUUGGUGCAGUUCUGUCAGUCAAAACAGUCGCGACAGUCAAGACAAUAAUCCACCCUCCGUAUUUCCCGGCGCUUCUAACGAGAACCAUGACGAGGCUCACAGCAACGGAAACGUGGUUCCGUGGACAUUUUACUCUACUCAAAACUGGGAAGGUGGAGGACUGGGACCUCGGUCACCUUUGCCUCCCAAUCGUACCUCUCCAGUUGCCGUUCCCGUACCAGGGAGAUUCCGUCAGAGGAACGAAUCAUCUUCUUCUGUGAGCGGCGGAUCGUGGCAGAUGAUAUCGGGAACCGGAAGUCUCCGUGGGUCCACAAGCGCCAAUGCUUCCGCUUUAGAAGCUAACAGUGCAACGUGUUCAACAGUCUCUAGACAAAUGUUCGAAGCAUGUCCAGGACAAACUUCUCAGGAAUCUAGUACCACAAUUAUCGAAGAUGAAUGUUUAUCUCAAGCGGCGUCGGAUCAUCUUACACAGAGACGGAAGGAACGACUGGAAAGUGUGAGAACGUUAUUUUACAACGGAUAUUGUUCCACGAUCGGGUUCAAGUUCAAAGAUGGUUCCGAUUCCGCAUUAGGUAACUUGCUCGGCAAUUUUGCAGAAAAAGUUGGUAUCCUUUCAGUACAGCGUACAUCGUUGUGACCUAAAUAUGGUGCAACCAAUGAAUCAACGCUUCCCUUCAUCCUAACCAUGAAUUUAUCGUUAUUGAUUCUUUGAUUCAACUAAAAAAAUUUUAUAACACAUAAAAUCAAUCGUAACCUCAGAUGAUCAUAACGAUCGUUGUUGAAAGUACGUAUAUUUCAGCGUCGUACCUAAGUAGGUUCUAUAAUACCGAGCUCAAGAAGAGAAAAAAAAAUUAGCACGGUCGUGUUCUUACCUAACGUUAUUAAAAUAAUAAUAUUAAUAAUAAUAAUGAAAACUUGUUAUUUUUGUAUAUACUAUUAUAAUAUAUUGUACGUUGUUUUUUCAUAAUUAUUAUCGAAAUCUUGAAGUAAAUAUAAUUAAUCUCGCGCCUAAUUAGCUAUUACAAUUAUGUUAUCGUACGUUUGUAUUUAUUAUAGAAUUUAAAUGAAACCGUUAACGCAAUGCGUUCGAAGAGCGCUUAUACAAUUAAAAUAACCAUAGAACGAACUGAUGAUAAUUAGUGAAAAAAGAUUUAAACAAAAAAAAAAAAAGAGUUGGACAAAAUCGUACGUACUGAUACUAGAGUCGAAUGUUAAAAUAAAGUGGGUGACGAAUGAUGUUUGAAGUAAUUUCUUCACCUUCGGUUUGACAAUUUUUUCACAAUUAUAAUAAGUAAUAGAUAUCUUCCAGUAAGAAUUAAAACCGAAAGUGAAGAAAUCAGCCGAUCGGCUGUAGUUGUGCGAGGAGCAAGAAUCUGCGUAUCUUUUUAUUUUAGUCAAAAAGGAAAAGGAGAUAGAAAAAAUAGUGUGUAUAUCGAACGGUGAAGAAUAUAUCCAAAUUAAAUGAUCGAAUCGAUGGUGUCCGGUGAUAGAAUUUUUACAGUAAUAUUGUACAUCGAUAAAAAUGCUGGACUCGACAUAAGUUGACACGAUAUAUUGUACAAAUUUUUAGACGAAACGAACGAUAAUCGUUUCUCUAGUUGUUAAUAAGAUUGAUGGAAUAAUAAGAGAAGACACAACUUGCAAAUUACCUAAACUGGAUAUUCGAAAUGUGAUUAACUGCGUAGCAUUAUUAAUUAUAAGACGAUUAUCGCCAUUAUUAUUUUGACUAAAACGAAAGCCAACUAAAAUGAAAAUUUAAUAUACCGAU